AUGGACCGCAUCAAAGAGAAACUGAAUUUGCUGCGCGCUGAGGCUGAUGCCGCUAUUGAGCGUGCUGAAGUGGCGGAGGCACGCAACAAGGAGCUCGAGCAAGACAAUCUCUCCAAGGAGCAAGAAAUCUCGAGUUUACAACACAAGCUUUCGGUUGUUGAAAACGAUCUUGAAGCGGCUGAGACGAAGCUUUCUGAAGCCAAGGUAGGCAAGGAAGAGGGCGAAAGCCACAAGUCGAAUGUGGACAUCCUGCAGCGCCGCAUUGAUAUGCUAGAAGAGCAGCUUGACACGACGGACAAGAGUCUGAAAGAAACUACCGAACAGCUCCGCCUCACCGAUGUGCGUGCUGAGCAGCUUGAGCGCCAGAUCCAGGGUGCUGAGCAGGAGCGCGAUCAGUGGGAGCAAAAGUACGAGGAAGCCAACGAGAAGUACCAGGUCUCGAAGCGUGAACUCGACGAAGUGGUGCAGCAAAUGGAAAGCUUAUAA